AUGGCUGCAUUCUGGAGGCCCGGUGCAACGCUUCCAGGCGCUGAUACGGACAAUGACGAAUCUAGAGACCUUCCAAAGGGUAUAGAAAUACCAUCUGUUCAGUUUAAUCCGUUUUAUAAACUCUCUUUGCGUGAACAGCGAGCUCGUUUGCCAGUGUCGAGACAUCGCAAGGAGUUACUUUAUGCUGUCGAAACGCACGCUACGACGAUUCUCGUGGGUGCUACAGGAUCAGGAAAGACGACACAGGUGCCACAGUAUCUAUUGGAAGCAGGAUGGGUAAAAUCUUGGCCAAGAAGAGCUUCAACGGGUGGAAAUACGCCUCCGAAUCGGAUCAUUGUAUGUACACAACCUCGACGUGUUGCUGUUAUCACGAUUGCAGAGCGUGUGGCGCAAGAAAUGGGCUGUCAAUUGGGUAAAGAAGUUGGUUAUGCUGUCAGAUUUGAGGACAAAUGGGAUCCAGAGCUUACGAAGAUCAAGUUUAUGACGGACGGACUAUUGCUUCGGGAAGCGAUGCGAGACCCGCUGCUAUCGCGUUAUUCAGUUGUAAUGCUGGAUGAAGCUCAUGAACGAAACUUGGAAACAGAUUUAUUGCUUGGAGUGAUGAAAAAAAUUCAGCGAAAGCGACAAGAUUUAAGGAUAGUUAUUGCAUCAGCUACGUUGCAAGUAGAUACUUUUGUACGCUAUUUUCGCUCAAGAAAGAAGGAAAAACUGCAGGAUCAGGAAGUAGCAAGAUCAGUAAAAACAUCACCUGUGCUGAACGAUGUUGUUGCAAUAUCGGUGGAAGGACGGCAAUUUCCUGUCGAUAUUGAAUAUCUCCAGGAACCAUGUGGAGAUUAUUUGCACAAAGCGAUUGACACGGUGUUGGCUAUUGACAAGCACGAAGGUGAAGGUGACGUGUUAGUGUUCUUGCCUGGCCAGGAAGAAAUCGAUUGUGUCGUUCGAGCGCUCAACGACCAAGCGCCUGCUCACAUUGUCGCAGUACCUCUAUACGGGACGCUGCCUUUGCACAUGCAGCGAAACGCAUUUUUACCAGCACCUCGAGGCAUACGGCGUAAAGUAAUUGUGGCAACCACCAUUGCAGAAACUUCCGUGACCAUCGAAGGUGUGGUAUUUGUGGUGGAUGGAUGUUUUACUAAGCUUGCAUUUUUCAAUCCUCUUACAGGAAUAGAGGCACUGCUUACGGCACCUGUAUCCAAGGCCUCAGCAAAGCAGAGAGCAGGUCGUGCAGGACGUUCACGUCCUGGAAAGUGCUUUCGUCUCUGCACGCAAGAAUAUUUUCGCACCAAACUCGCAAAAGAGACGAUACCGCAGAUGCAGCGCACAAAUCUGGCAACCAUGGCGUUGUAUUUACUGAGCAUCGGUAUUCAAGAUCUGGCACACUUUGAUUUUGUGUCCCCACCGUCUCCUGAGGCCCUCAUUCGUGCUCUGGAGUUGCUGUUCUCACUCGGUGCUAUCAACACGGACUGUCGUCUAACAGACCCACUAGGCACGCAGAUGGCUGAGUUUCCGGUGGCACCGACGUUAGCAAAGGUGUUGCUGUCGUCCUUCCGCUUCGAUUGCACGCGUGAGAUGCUCAAUAUCGCUAGUGUGCUGUCUGUGGGGGAUGUUUUUUUGAGUUCACGCGGUUCCAAAGUGAAACAAGAAAAAGUUGCGAAAGCCAUGGAGUAUUUUGCACACCCGGACGGGGACCACAUGACAUACUUGUCUAUCUACGAUGAGUUUGUGGAUAAUGACAAGAGCCGCUCGUGGUGUGACGAGUAUAUGCUCAACCACCACGCACUUAUUCGUGCAACAGAAGUUUGUCGGCAUCUGAAACGGUACAUGGUACGCUUUAAGACGUUAGCGAGUGUCAGUGCGGCGAAACGUGAAGAAGACUACGUAAAGCUUGGCCGAAGCAGUGAUGAAACGACGGAUAAGGCUCGCAGCGAUACGAUUCGCAAGUGUGUAGUCAGUGGCUAUUUUGCAAAUGCCGCUAAGCUGCACAGUGACGGUGUCUACCGUACACUGCGCGACCAGCGGCCCGUACAAUUGCACCCAACGUCCGUGUAUUAUCACAUGGGGACGCUUCCUGACUGGAUUAUAUUCCACCAGAGUGUACUUACUACAGAAGAAUUUGUUUGUGAUGUAUCUAAGAUUGACCCGCGUUGGCUCGUCGAUCUAGCGCCAGAGUUUUACCGCACAAAGGAGAUUAGCAAUGCAAUAUCAGGAAGCUCUGGCGCGCUAGGUUUACCGUCCACCUCGUUGGUCGUGUCAACGAACAAGAAGCAAAAGACCAAAGUCUCUGAGGCCGACACACCUCCACGAGAAUCAUCUAUCGGCACAAAUGGCCGUAUUCUAUUUCGAAAACCAAACCGCUCUGGCCAGGAAACAAAACCAAAGCUACCUGUACACAUUGGCAAGAGUAAAGGUGGUUUACGGUCACAAUUUUAA